UCCCCAGAUUGGGGUGAAGGGAACAUGGGCACACCCACCCGAGGCAGAGCUGAUUGGCUCUGGUGGGGGACACCUGACCCAGCGAAUCCAUCCUGUUCCUCCCCUGGGUAUAUGAAAUUGGGCCACCGGGCCGCCCAGCCGGCGGGGUGGUGAGCCAUGGGAAGCAGAGCGGGAGGCAGAGUGGAUGGAGGAGCAAGAAAGCCCUGAGUAAGCAGAGGCAGCUGCCACACUGAGACCAUGGGGCGGCCGCGCAGCCCGGCACUCAAGACCCCAGAAGAGCUGGAGGGAGCUUUCAGCCGGCCACCAGCCUGAUGGCGUCCCCGCACCUGCCGCCAACCCGCGUGCAUCCUGACUGCACCUCCUUCCCAGUGUUCAAGAAGGCCAGCCCCAACGGAAAGCUCACUGUCUAUUUGGGCAAGCGCGACUUUGUGGACCACAUUGAUCUGGUGGACCCUGUGGAUGGUGUGGUCCUGGUGGAUCCCGAGUAUCUCAAAGAGAGGAGAGUCUACGUGACUCUCACCUGCGCCUUCCGCUAUGGCCGGGAGGACCUGGAUGUGCUGGGCCUGACUUUCCGCAAGGACCUGUUCGUGGCCAACGUGCAGUCCUUCCCACCAGCCCCGGAGGACAAGAAGCCCCUGACGAGGCUACAGGAGCGCCUCAUCAAGAAGCUGGGCGAGCAUGCCUACCCUUUCACCUUCGAGAUCCCACCAAACCUGCCAUGCUCUGUGACGUUGCAGCCUGGGCCAGAAGACACAGGCAAGGCCUGUGGUGUGGACUACGAAGUCAAGGCCUUCUGCGCUGAGAACCUGGAGGAGAAGAUCCACAAGCGGAACUCUGUGCGUCUGGUCAUCCGGAAGGUUCAGUAUGCUCCCGAGAGGCCCGGCCCCCAGCCCACAGCUGAGACCACCAGGCAGUUCCUCAUGUCCGACAAGCCCCUGCACCUGGAGGCCUCCCUGGACAAGGAGAUCUACUACCAUGGCGAACCCAUCAGUGUUAACGUCCAUGUCACCAACAACACCAACAAGACCGUGAAGAAGAUCAAGAUCUCAGUGCGUCAGUACGCGGACAUCUGCCUCUUCAACACCGCGCAGUACAAGUGCCCCGUCGCCAUGGAGGAGGCUGACGACACCGUGGCCCCCAGCUCAACGUUCUGCAAGGUCUACACGCUCACCCCAUUCCUGGCCAACAACCGAGAGAAGCGGGGCCUGGCGCUGGAUGGAAAACUCAAGCAUGAGGACACGAACUUGGCCUCCAGCACACUGAUGCGGGAAGGGGCCAACCGCGAGGUUCUGGGCAUCAUUGUCUCCUACAAAGUGAAGGUCAAGCUGGUGGUGUCGCGGGGCGGCCUGUUGGGAGAUCUGGCAUCCAGUGACGUGGCCGUGGAACUGCCCUUCACUCUAAUGCACCCCAAACCCAAAGAGGAGCCCCCACAUCGGGAAGUUCCAGAGAACGAGACGCCGGUAGACACCAAUCUCAUAGAACUUGACACCAACGAUGAUGACAUUGUGUUUGAGGACUUUGCCCGGCAGAGGCUGAAAGGCAUGAAGGAUGACAAGGAGGAAGAGGAGGACGUCACGGGCUCCCCGAGGCUUAACAACAGAUAGGCUGGGGCCGGCUUUCCCUAUGGGCAGCUCCGGUUCUCACACACUAGGAUGCUUCUCCGUCUACUUCCUAUUCUGGUGUCCGCCCCCACCCCUGCCCCUUCCUGCCCCACCCUGCUACCCUGUUCUUCCAGUUUCUCCCAGGGGGCCCAGGGGUGGUUUUUUAGGGGGGCCUUGGAGAUGAGCCUCAGGACCGGCCCCGCAGCCUCCAUGGCAACAGGACUCCAGCGUGCCCUCCUUCCUGUCUUCACACUCCGUUCUCACUCCACCUGCUCCUGUUCCCGGAAAGGCCACCUGUGGCCUUGGGAAUGGCCUGGUGUUAGGAGGAAGGAAAGAGGGAGGUUGAGGACUUGGAGACACUGGGUUUGCAGGCCUCAGACAAAGGAGACAACAUGCACAGCAGCCCCUGAUGGUUAGUGUGGUCUGGCAGCUAAAAGAUGACCCACCUUGAAGGCCACCUUCUCCUGGCUGGAGGAGGCAGGCUGCAGAUUGAUGCUCAAUGCCUUUGUGCAGUUUGGAACACCAAAGA